GUGGGCUUUACUGGUACUGUUCUGGUUUGCUUAAUGCACUCAUAUUUCAACAGUGGGGGAAGACGAGGAUGAGCCUCUCUCUCUUAUUAGUCUCUUUAUUCAUUUCACACCCGCCUUUUUUUCAUUUUACCUCCUCAAUUAAUCCACUUUCACUUGCCCCACCUCCCCAUGUGACUUUAAAGCCUUCGUCUUCAUCUUCAUCUUCUUCUUCUUCUUAUAAAACCCCAUUACCAACAAGAAAUGUAAUCAGAUUGCAACACUGACACGUCGUUCACCUUAUUAAAUACGCUUUUAUAGGAUUUGGAACCAGAUUUUGGUGAUGGGAUUUGUUCGUAUCUGAGAUUGGUGUGAACAGAGAACCCAAGACUCUGCAAAUGAAGAUUGACACUUCAUUUUGCUGCUUCAUUUUGUUUCUGGUUUUGGGUUCUUUCAGCUGUGUGUCAGCUCUAGCGAAUGAUGGAGUUGUAGCCAACAGAGGAUCUCUCAAAUUUAGUCUAGGAGAUGAGAAUCUGGGGUCUUGGCAAAAUGAGCUAUCUGAGACUGCAGAGGCCCCAGGGCCUUCGAGCGAUGGUCCUGAGCUUGUAUUGGCGGCGAAAAGGACCAAGAGGCCUGAUAUUCUUGAUGGGUUCAACCGUUAUCGAGGAGGCUGGGACAUAGCGAAUCGCCAUUACUGGGCUUCUGUUGGAUUCACAGGUGCCGCUGGUUUCAUUAUUUCUGUCCUAUGGUUUGUUGCUUUUGGCAUCAUUCUUGUGGUUCAUCAUUGCUGUGGAUGGAGAUUAAACAUUAAAGAUGAAGGAUCACCCCGCUCACAGAGGAUGUGUCUGAUUAUUCUGAUAGUCUUCACCUGUGCUGCCACGGUUGGAUGCAUUCUUCUUUCUGUUGGGCAAGCUGAGUUUCAUGAAGAAGUCCUGCAUACUCUAAAUUUCGUUGUAAACCAGUCAGACUACACUGUACAGACCUUGAGAAACGUCACAGAGUAUCUGUCCCUUGCAAAGGAUAUUAAUGUGGCCCAGGUUUUCCUACCUACUGAUGUCAUGGAUAGUAUUGACAAGUUGAAUGUGGAUCUCAACACUGCAGCAGAUACAUUAACAGAGAAGACAAGUGAAAAUUCUGAUAAAGUCAAAAAAGUCUUCAGUAUUGUGCGUUCCGUUUUAAUUGCCGUUGCAGCAGUAAUGCUGUUCCUAGCUGUGAUCGGUCUUCUUCUGUCCGUCCUUCGGCACCAACAUGCAAUUCACAUAUUCAUUGUUAGUGGAUGGCUACUUGUUGCAAUUACAUUCAUUCUUUGUGGAGCCUUUGUGAUCCUCAACAAUGCUGUUUCUGACACCUGUAUGGCAAUGGAAGAAUGGGUAGAAAAUCCCCAUGCUGAAACAGCACUUAGCAACGUCCUUCCAUGUGUUGACCAGAAAACCACAAACCAGACACUAAGCCAGAGUAAAGGAAUUAUCAAUGACAUGGUCACUGUUGUCAACACGUUCAUCUACACCUAUGCCAAUACGUAUCCGUCGCAUUCUGAUCCGUAUUAUUACAAUCAGUCUGGACCUCUGAUGCCAGCUCUUUGUUACCCCUAUGAUUCUGAGUUAAGAGAUACUCAGUGUGGGGAUCAACAGGUGUCUAUUACAAAUGCUUCUUUGGUUUGGCAGAACUAUACAUGUGAAGUCUCAGCAUCUGGGAUGUGCAUCACUCCCGGAAGGGUGAAGCCAGAGAUCUACACUCAGCUAGUUGCAGCAGUUAAUGAGAGCUAUGCACUACAGCACUAUACCCCUCCUUUACUCAGCCUCCAAGAUUGUAAUUUUGUCCGAGACACAUUUCGAACAAUCACCUCGAGUUAUUGCCCCCCAUUGGACCACUACCUGAAAAUUGUGAAUGCAGGUUUGGCCCUAAUAUCAGUUGGAGUCUUGCUCUGUCUUCUUCUCUGGGUACUCUAUGCAAACCGCCCCCAAAGGGAGGAAGCGUUUGCGAAACAAUCCUUACCCGUAAAAGACAGGAGUAUGAAGAGCAGUUCAAACAAUCAUAGUCAUAAUAGCAGCAGCGAUGUAACAACAUCCAACAUAUCAAACGGAGUCUAAGCUUGAAGAUUAGAAUCCAGUUAUACAAAUUUAGAGCCAUUAUUAAGAAAAAUGAAAACCGAGUGGAGCGAAGUUCCAUUCCGAGUUAAGUUUAGUCAAGUGUAGUAUUGUAAUCUAGAUAGAUUCUUAUGUACAGAUUCGCCUAUUGCAAUGAUCUCAAAUUUGCUUUCA